UAGGCAAAAGGUGGCAGUAUUUUACUUAAAAGCUGUUAGCCGUCCACCGUUUUUACCUGAAGAAGAAAGGAGGAAGUUGUUUCCCAAAAGUCGUUGUAAGCUAAACUGAAUGUGAGGACAGAAUAGUAAAACUACUGUUGCAAAGCAAUGUCUUCGUAUCAGUACAUUAGACAUUUUGUCAACGAGCGACUAGCUGCGGCUGCGGAAGAGAUUGCUGGGGUCUUUAUAAAUACUAUCGUCGAGUAUGAAGAGGAGAUCGGACGUCAGCGUAGGCUUCUGGAUGACGUUCGGAAACCUCGAAUAAAGCUGCACAUAAGAGACCACCAAGAGCAAGAUGUCGACAAGCAACAGGAAGUUUUUGCUGGAUCCUCCUGGUGCAGUGAGGACCAAGAAAACCCAGAACCUCGUGAAAUUAAAGAGGAGCCCUGCACCAGUCGGGAUGGAGAGGAUUUGGAAAUGAAACAGGAGCGGGAUAACAUCAGACUAAUUUCGGUUUGUCAGGAAAGUUACAACAAAGACAGUCAUGCUCUGGACUCGAGUGAAUGUCAGAAUCACUUCGAAGAAUGGGACUGUGACAACAACGCCGUUUUGCACAGUACUGAUGUAGAUAAGCGUCAACAUGUCAAAACAGCUGAACAUGGUGAUUUGGGAUCGAAGACAUUUGCAGAGGCAGAAAUAAAGCAAAGACUUGACAAAACCAACAGUCACGACUUCCAACAGCAAGAUGUUCCCAAGCAACAGGAGGUUCUCACUCGGUCGUUCUGGUCCGACCUGGACCAAGAGGUGUCAGAACCUACUCAGAUAAAAGAAGAACCUUGCACCAGUCAGGAGGGAGAGGGGAUGGAUAUAAAGCACGGACUGGAUACCUCUAUGUAUUUUCCUGUUUGUCAGGGAAGUUCACAUGAAGAGGAUGGGAUUUUGGACGCAAUGCCGACAAAUGCAGAGCCAACUCUAAAGCAUGGCCUUGACAUUGUCAGCAGUCGCAGUCAAUAUGCACACACAAGAAUCCACAAAGGGGAGAAACGGUGUAUUUGCAGCCUGUGCGGGAAACGAUUUUACAAUAAAACAACACUGAAACUACAUAUAAUGAGCCACACGGGCGAGAAACCGUAUGCUUGCGACAUCUGCGGGAAUCGUUUUACUGUAAUUGCCAUGUUGAACCGGCACAUGAAGAUCCACACAGGUGAUAAACCGUACCCCUGUGGCCACUGCGAAAAGAGAUUUACUGACAAAACGGCACUGAGGGUACACAUGAGGACCCACACGGGUGAGAAGCCUUACCCUUGCGACAUGUGUGAGAAAAGACUUAGCAGCGCCACGGCCCUCAAAGUUCACAUGAGGACUCACACAGGAGAGAAACCGUUCUGCUGCAACACCUGCGGGGGCACUUUCCGAGCCAAGACGGCGCUGAAAAGCCACAUGAGGAUUCACACCGGGGAUAAACCGUACACCUGUGACUUCUGUGACAAAAGACUGAGCAGUACGACAGCGCUGAAGGUUCACUUGAGGACUCACACAGGCGAGAAACCGUACCCUUGCGGCAUGUGCGAGAAACGACUGAGUAGCACCACGGCACUUAAAAUUCACAUGAGGACUCACACGGGGGAGAAACCGUUCUCAUGCAACAUUUGCGGGAGUCGAUUUAGAGCAAAGGCGACAUUAAAAAUACAUAUGAGGAUCCAUGGGUGAAGCCAUGCCCCCUGUGACUGAUGUGAUACCAACACAGAUAAAUCACUACAGUGGAAACUCAAAAACAGUCUAUUCCCAAAACGCUUGUCCUCCGAUUUAUCAUCCAUGUCAUGGUAAUCUGCAAAGGUCUCAUCGACGGAACUGGAACUGAAGGAGCCUCAUCCAUCCAUCCAUCCAUCCAUCGUACCGCACCGCUUAUCCUCAAUAGGGUCGCGGGCGUGCUGGAGCCUAUCGCAGCUAUCUUCGGGCGAGAGGCGAGGUACACCCUGAACUGGUCACCAGCCAAUCGCAGGGCACAUAUAAACAAACAGUCGUCCACCGUGCCACCUUUUCGAUCAUUAAAGUUGAAAUGUCUUCAACAUACAAGAGUCCAGCAGCCUGUGUUCAAACCUUGUGUAAUGGGAACAAAAUAUUCUGUUUCAGGGUCAAACUGUUACCCUUAUUAAACUUUUAUCAUCUGCAUAGGGAUUGUUUUAAGCAACAUUUUCACAUUAUUAAAUGUCAUCAUAAAAGUGUCAAAAUAAACCACCGGCAAACACUAAAAUUAACAACACUCAGUCAUUGAGUGCUUUAAGUUCGAUACCGAUUCAACCAUUCUUAACACUUGACUUUGAAGCAUUUUAGUGUAGUUAGCAUGUUCUUCCCAUGCCUGCUGUGGGUUUUCUCUGGGUGAUCUGCCAACCCCCCCCAAGUACCCAUCCCCUAAUUUUUGUACGGUCAGUUUACACUUUGUUCCCUUGACCAAUCUACUGACAAUAAGAUCUGUAUUUGGUCCCUGGGCCUGCCACGGUAGCUGCCCCCUGGUCCUCCGGGAUUUCUGAAAUGCAAAUUCCACUGUACAGUUCAUUACCAUUUUAAGUGUAAAAAAACAAUAAAAUGCACGACUAGUACGACUUUGCCAACAUGUAACAAUACUUAUGCUGAUAAUAGACAAUGGACAUAGCAGGUUUGUUUUUGUUUGUGUUUUUAUUUUAUUUGUUUUUUUUUACCUUUGGAACCAUCAAAGCCCCUGAAUUAUUUUGGCACCCGUCUGUUCUGUCAUCCUUCAUAAACCAGGAAGUAGCCUGCUAAAUGCAUUGUUAGCUGACCAAUUAGGCUUCCCGUUUAUUAGGACAUUCUCUGUGCUUGUGCAGAUGAAGCUAUUAUUAUGCUGUGUAUGAACGAUAGUAAAGUGGACCAUCAGACCCACAGUGGAUGUCUGUCUGACCUUAGCGUCAGCAGUAGUGUGUCUCCCCUGGACGAGCGGGGCCCAGUGUAAUAGCAGAGCAGAAUGAUCGGCCCCCUAAGACCACUUAAAAGAGUCAACCACACUGACACACAAACACACUGUAGUCUAAUCAGAGCUGACAGAGCUUAUGGCUGAAGAAGAUGGGAGCUGAAAAAUAGUGCAGAGUAGCCAGAUAGAAAAAGCAGAGGUGGAGCAGCAAGAGUGAUUAGGGAACAAAUGUGCUCUUUAAAGUUUUAAAGUGAAGCGCUGGCAGAAUGGCAGCCUCCCUCUUUAGUCCCUUCCCUCCUGUAAAAUGGAUGAUGUCCAUGGAAUAUUAGACUGCCCAUGAAUGUGCGCUUUAAGAGGUUUAGACUUGUCAUCUUAAUCUUGUGCGCCUCGGCAUGGAACUCUGCACCCUUAAACUCGUAGAAUUACAGUACUCAAAAACUUUUACAAAUCCAUUGAUCGACCAAAAUGAGGGACGUCUACAUUUAGCAACAACAAAUAUUCUAGUGGUCAUCUUAGGUCGUAGAGUUUUGCCAAUUUUGACGUCAUUGUUUAGUAACACUGCAAUUGGCUGGCGACCAGUGAAGAUGUACCCUGCCUCUCUCGCGCUACUCGUCACUUUAAACUGCAUACACUCCUUGAAGUCUUGGCGCCCUUUGCACAAUGGUCAUUGCACCGGACUAUUGCAAUAUUAGUCAGUCGAACUGCUCUAAGUGCUAGAGGAUUCUGCAUCUUUUGCACAAUUGUCUCAAAAAAAAAAAAGUACUGGCAUUACCAGACAACUAGCAACCCUUUAUUGCUCAGUGACUUUAAAAAAAAAAAAAAAUUAUUUUAUUUGUCAAUGUCUUUAUGUCACAAAAGUGUCUGUUGUCGUACUAGAGUGGUUCCAACUACCGGAGACAAAUUCCUUGUGUUUUUUUGGACAUACUUGGCAAAUAAAGAUGAUUCUGAUUCUGAAGUCAGCUAGGAUAGGCUCUAGCAAACCUGCAAUGUCAAGGAGAAGCCGUAUAGAAAAUGGAUUGAUGGCUGUUUAAUAACAAAGGAGAGAGUGGAAAAGAGGUAUAACAAAUGAUAACAUGCAACGAAGAUACAGUGAUAGCUAAAACAAUUCUGUUAUCCAGAGAAAAUAAAUUUGCUGGAGAAAAAACUCCCCACAUGCUUUCUGCCCUUUUCAAUACUGCAAAUUGAUAUAAAAACAUGCAUAACA